AUGUCACUGCAAAUUGCAGGCAAAGAACACAGACUCUUCUCUCCUCAUGUCAUGUCAAUGUUCAACUUCAAGUUCCCCACUUGACCCAUUGGUCAUACAUACACUCUCUCUCUCUCUAUCUCUUCAACUAUGAAAUUACCUUUUUCUACGCUGUUCUCUCUCUCCUUAAAUGACCUUCUUGAGUCUUGA